UGCGGAAGUCGAGCGAGGGAAAAUUAAAAUAAAAGAGAAAAGUAAAAGAAGCUUCCGUGGUUCCGUGAAUCCAGUCCGUACCGACGCUACCAAGAGGUAACACUCGAGUGGUGGCAACGUGUUUGGAGGAGAUGGACCGGGAUCAGAACCAGAUCCAGGACCAGGAUCAGAACCAGAAUCAGGACCGGGGUCAGAUCCAGGAUCAGAUCCAGGAUCAGGAUCAGAUCCAGGACCGGGGUCAGAACCAGGACCAGGAGUCCAGCAGGACCAAAGCGGACUCUUCCUCCGCUGGUCUGCAGAAACAUAAAGCCAAAAAGAGAAAAAAUAGGAGGGAUAAAGUCCUCGCCACUUCACCAGGUCUGAAGGUCCGAAAGAGGAUUCAUACUGAAGAGAAGCUGUACACCUGUGAACACUGUGGGCAAGCUUUUACCACGUCAAGUAUUUUAAGGCGUCAUCGGCGUAUCCACACUGGAGAAAAGCCGUACAAAUGUGAUCAGUGUGGGGCAGCUUUUACCUUGUCAGGUCACCUAAGGAGUCAUCAGCGUAUUCACACUGGAGAAAAGCCGUACAAAUGUGAUCAGUGUGGGGCAGCUUUUACCCAAAAAGGUAGUCUAAUGAGUCAUCAGCGUAUUCACACAGGGGAAAAGCCGUAUAAAUGUGAUCAGUGUGGGGCAGCUUUUACCCAACAAGGUAGUCUAAUGAGUCAUCAGCGUAUUCACACUGGAUUUAAGCCGUACAGAUGUGAUCAGUGUGGGGCAGCUUUUACCGAACAAGGUCAUCUAAGGCGUCAUCAGCGUAUUCACACUGGAGAAAAGCCGUACAAGUGUGAUCAGUGUGGGGCAGCUUUUAUCCAACAAGAUCAUCUAAGGAGUCAUCAGCGUAUUCACACUGGGAAUAAGCCUUACAGAUGUGAUCAGUGUGCGGCAGCUUUUACCCAACAAGAUGAUCUAAGGCGUCAUAAGCGUAUUCACACUGGGGAUAAGCCUUACAGAUGUGAUCAGUGUGGGGCAGCUUUUACCCAAAUAGGUAAUCUAAGGUGUCAUCAGCGUAUUCACACUGGGGAUAAGCCUUACACAUGUGAUCAGUGUGGGGCGGCUUUUACCCAACAAUGUCAUCUAUUGAGUCAUCAGCGUAUUCACACUGGGGAUAAGCCGUACAGAUGUGAUCAGUGUGAGGCAGCUUUUACCCGACAAGAUAGUCUAAGGAGUCAUCAGCAUAUUCACACUGGAUUUAAGCCUUACAGAUGUGAUCAGUGUGGGGCAGCUUUUACCGAACAAGGUAGUCUUAGGCGUCAUCAGCGUAUUCACACUGGGGAUAAGCCUUACAGAUGUGAUCAGUGUGAGGCAGCUUUUACCCGACAAGGUAGUCUUAGGAGUCAUCAGCGUAUUCACACCAGAUAAAAAAUUGUCUGUGAUCAGUGUGGAGCAGCUUUUACUUGGAGAGCUCAAUUAAAGGUGCCAAUUUAGACAUGUUAUGUUGUUCUGAGAAAAAAAUAAAGCUGGAGUUUUGUUUUCAGUUUCAACUGAAAAAUGUGUUUAAAUUAGAU